AUGGCAUCUACGGAAAUGCAAGGCGGCCCCCUUUAUCCAACCAGUGAAGUUUCAGCCCUUGUUGGAUGUGAAGAUGCCGAAAGGGAGCUAGUAUCUCGACUUCUGGACAGCACUGAGGAAAACCUCAGUGUGAUUUCACUGGUGAGCGAAGAAGCUGUUGGCAAGACAGCUCUGGCAAGGCAUGUUUAUAAGAGACUAGACAUUCGGCAGCACUUCCAAUGCCGUCUCUGGGUCCAUGUCCGCGAAGAGUUUGCAUAUAAGGAUCUCUUGCUCAUCAUACUCAAACAGAUUCCGAUACGCUUAUUGAAGGACAUAGAGCUUAUGAGCGAGAAGGAGCUACGUCAAUUGGUUUUCCAGACUUUAAUGAAGUUCAGGUUUCUAAUGGUGUUGGAUGACGUGUGCACGGAGGACAUGUGGUUCAAACUUUUACGUCCCUUUGCAGACGCCACAAAUGGAAGCAGGGUCAUCCUUACUACUCGCCAUUUUAAUGUAGCAUCAGAAGCUGACCCAUGGAGUUGUCCACUGAAUCUGAGGCAGUUAACUGAAGAGGAGAGUUGGGUAUUGUUCUUGAAGAAUGCAGGCAGCCGCAGAUCACCAGAAAAUAGUUCAGACCUAAACAACUUCAGGGAAGAAAUUUUGGGAAUAUGUCUGGGUUUGCCUCCAGCAAUCCUCCUACUGGGAGGACUGUUGUCAACCAUAGAAUUAAGUGACUGGUCAAGAGUAAUUGAUCGUUCACAAUUUGGUGAAGAUAAAUCAGCUCUCUUAAAUAUUGUAGCUUUGAUGAGCUAUAAUGAACUUCCAUCUGCGUUAAAGCCAUGUUUCCUUUAUUUGGCUCUCUUUCCCAAAGCAUAUGAGAUCCCCAAACGAAGGUUGUUGCAGUUGUGGCUUGCGGAGGGAUUUGUUCAAUUGUCACCUGAUGAGGCUAGCGUCCCCAUUGAAGAUAAGGCCAAGAUAUAUUUGGAGGAACUAGUGUCUAGAAACAUGAUUGAAAUAGCAACCAGGAAGUCAGAUGGAAGCCCAAAAACCUGUCGUAUGCCAUGUUUCCUCUAUGGCUUCUUCUUGCCAAAAGCUGAGGAGGAGGGAUUUCUACACGUCCACCAUUGCAGAUCAGAAUGUACAUAUGCAGAUUCAGAAAUAUUUAAGGUUCAGAGGCUCGCAGAUCAAUUCGGUGUCUCGAAAUCUCAUAUGGGAAACCUAUGUGCGUAUAUUUCUUUCAAAGCUGAAAAACAAGGUACAUCCAAUAGUGAAAUUGGUACGUUGCUAAAAAAAAUUAUCAAAGGAAGAGAUCGUGUCCUGCUGAAGGUGCUUGAUCUCGAGGGUGUCUACAAACCUCAGCUACCUAAGAAACUGGGGGAGCUGAGGAACCUAAAGUAUUUAGGCUUGAGAUGGACAGGUCUUGACUCCUGUCCCGCGUCAAUUGGGGAUCUACCAUGCCUAGAGACCAUCGAUUUGAAGUAUACUAGUAUAACCACUUUGCCUAGUUCUAUCUGGAAGGCAAAGAAACUUCGACAUCUCUAUAUGAAUGAGGUGUCCAUUCAGAAGCCAUCAAGAGUAGUGUCUUCAACAAACCAACUUCAGACCUUAAUGGGGCUUUUCAUCGGUUCCAAGGAUCCCAAGGAUUGUGGCUUGGGAAAGUUCACUAGCCUUAGGAAACUGGAACUCACGUGCCAUUCAGAAUCAAUGGAGGAAACAGCCAAGUGCAUCUCACAACUCGGCAACCUUCUAAACUUAAGGUUGAGAUCAAGAGAUCCUUUUGGUCAACCUUUAUACCUCGUGCUGAGUCCUAUGAAGGACCAUCAGUCUCUCUCAAAGUUAUAUUUGUUUGGUGUGGUAGCAGAUGAUGACAUUGGUUACCUUCCCCGAAACCUCAAAAUCCUUACAUUGUCGAUGUCAAAACUUGAAGAAGAUCCAAUGCCGGCGCUAGGGAAGCUGCCUCAGCUGAACAUUCUCAGGCUUUUUUCUGACUCCUACUUAGGGUCAGAAAUGACUUGUCAUCGUGGCCACUUUCCUAAACUCAGUGUAUUGAAAGUGUGGAAUUUGAAGGAAUUAAAGCAGUGGACAGUGGAGGAAGAUGCCAUGCCCCAACUUCUAGAAUUAGAAAUUAGACGCUGCGAAAAGCUUGAAAGUUCAGACGGAUUAGAGCAGCUACCUGCCCUGAAGGAAUUGAUUUUAACAAACAUGCCGCAGGAGUUUGUAGCAAAUGUUAGACAAGGGCUAGGAAGAGACAUUUUACUCACCAACACGUGGGAGUUUUCUCCUUUAUUUGCGUGUAAGUUUUCUUCUGCACCUAUAUUCUAA